GGAUGGAAAGCAGCAUAUGUUUUACAAGUUGGCUUGAAAAUGGCGGGAAGAGCAGUUACAGGAGGAGGAUGGAAGGAGAGGAUGGCAGCGAAGCCAGAGUAUAGCGCCACGUUGGAACUCUUUGCAUGGGCCGAGCGACUUGCGAAGAGGCCGGAAAGCGCCAAAGCACUGGCAGAAUACGAGAAGCUCCGUCAAGUCUAUCAUGCUGCCUUCAAUGCAUGCUACAACAAAUAUAUUGGACACGAUCCGGAGCUGGUGCGGCACAUCAAUCGACGGCUUGGGUACCAUGAGGAUUGUAAGGGAAUUAAUGCUCCAUUGCCAAGCACCUGGUCCAAACAGAGAAGGGCCUCAGCUGUGCCUUCCGUCAUGAGAUCUGAGUCUACUGCAGAGCCAGAGAAACAGGAAGAGCAGAAAAAACUAGCUUCUGAAGCGGUCUGGAAAACGCACAGUGAUCCGGCCCAACCAGACUGCUGUGACAGGGUUGGUUCCCUUUCAAGUGCUGCCAAGUGGCCUCCUGAUAGCUUUGGCGGAGCUGGAGUUGACAUGCACAACACAUGUGAGGCAGGUGAGGAAGCCAUCGUCCAUCUGAUCUCAGGGAAUCAAGGGAGUGCCGUGACUGGGGAACCACGUGCAAGUGGACCUGGUUCAGGUGAAGAACCUGGUCUGGCCGCACGCGCACCUGGUCCAGGUGAAGAACCUGACCUGGCCUCACACGCACCAUGUGAAGAACCUGGUCCAGGUGAAGAACCUGAACCUGGUCUGGCCGCACGCCCACCUGGUCCAGGUGAAGAAUCUGAACUGGCCUCACACGCACCAUGUGAAGAACCUGGUCCAGGUGAAGAACCUGAACCUGGUCUGGCCGCACGGGCACCUGGUCCAGGGGAAGCCGCUGAUCUCGCCUCAUGUGAACCUGGUCCAAUUGAAGAACCUGGAGUGGCCUUACAUGCAGCGUGUCCGGGUGAAGAACCUGGUCUGGCCUCAUUUGUACCUGGUCCCGGUGAAGAACCUGAUCUGGGCCCGGGCCCACGCCGUGCAUUUGAAGACAUUGGGAACGAGGAUGCAAGGGUGAAUGGAGUCUACGAGGUGGAGACGCAGAUGGGAGAAGGAGAGACAGGUGAAGGGCAGGCGUGCCACGUGUCUUCAGCACUGAAAGAAAUGCACGAUGGCUGCAAUAAAAGAGAGAGAGAGAAUUCGAGACAGAGCUCCAAGGCGGCCUCCGGUUUGGAAGGGACUCUUGCGGAUGAGAGUGGUGCUGGUGAUGAAAGCAUCACCAAGAUGAAGAUGGGGAAACUGCAAAGAGAAGAGAUUCAAUGUGUAAUGCCGAGCAUGAAGACAAGGAGCGAUAGUGCUACGAAUUGUGAUGAAGCUGCUCAAGGGGCGACCCCGAAGGAACAGAACGAUGCAGCCGAUCCAGUGGGGGGUCCGGAUACCUGUGCAAGUCCACAGAGAUGCAUGGUGGGAAAUGGUCAACUGCAAAGAGAAGCGACACGGCCCGUAGAGCUGAGGAGGAAGAGGAAAGCUAGUGCAAUGGCUUGUGAUGAGCUGGCUGGUGAAGCCCUCGACAAGACCCAGAAAAGGGCCAACACCAGCCUGAGUAGGGAUGAACAGAGGUCCAAUGCAAAUGGAAAGGCGGUUUCCCUUACUGCUGAGAAAAAGCCAGAGGAUCUGUGCACGACAAGGGAGAAGGGCGAGGGCGACCGUAGUUUGCCCGGGGGGAUCGAAUGCGAACUUGAAACGACAAGAGGAUUUACGGUUGGCGGUGGUCCCAAAGAGGGAAGGAAGAUGAAGAGCAUGGGCGCCAGGAAGGCAAUGGGUUGCAAGGCGCUGUCCCUGUCCAAUCGACUGGCAAAGCCAGUGGGGCUACGAAAAGCCAACGAUCACAGCCGUGUUGUGUAUCCGUGUCCGUAUUGCCAUGGGAAGGGGUGGAUAGGGAAAGGCAGAAAGAAAGUGCGGUCGGUCCCAGUACCAGUCCCAGCGGCAGUCCCAGGUGCUGACCCAGGGAGAGGGAGAGGGAGUGGGAGAGGCUUGGGAGAUGCUGAUAAGGCUUGCUGGAAGGAGGCAACACCCCCCCGUGCAAAGGGAAAUAAUGAUAAUGGGAAUGUGGGCACACCGCGUGCAAAGAGAAACAACGAGAACGCUUUGCCUUUCACGUGUGAUGACGUUGCUGCUGGAGUUAUCUGGAAGCAGUCUGGUCACAAAGGCAAGCAAGAACACUUGCCAGUUCAGACUCUUGGUCUUGGGCUCGCAGAUGUCUGGCAGAGCAGCGUGAAGCAUCGAAUGAAAAAGAGGAGGAUCAAGGAGCCUUUGACCGCUGCACUUAGUGCCAGUGGGCAGUUAGAAGGCAAUUACUACAACAUGAAGAAGUUUGAAACAAGCAGACGUGAUGCAGGUAAUACUAGAGGAGGUAGCAGUUUUACUCAAUCAGGAAAGUUGAAGUGUGUGACGGCAGGUGGCACCAGGAGUGAGCUAAGUCCAGAAAAGGGAUUGCGGUCUGGUGAGCGAAGGAAUGAUGAGGGGGUGGAGCAGGAAAGAAGGAGAAUCGUCAGGAAAACAGGCAGGGGACUUCAUAUGGGAGAAGACAACAGACGAGAGGGAAUUAAGUCUAAUCACUUUGGAACACACCACAAGGUAGCAGAUGGCAUCAGGACUGAGCCGAGUCCACGGCAGGGAGUGGAGUCAGGUGAGCUAAGGAAUGCGGAGCUGGUGGAGCAGGAAGGAACGAGAAACAUGAGGAAAACAGACAAGGGAGUUUCCAUGGUAGAGGAGAACAGGGAAGCGGAACAUAGGUCCAAUUACACCGGAAUACACCGAGCCACAGACACAAAGCGUGGUGGAUCAGAGAGCACGCCAAGGAUAGCAGGAUUACCCGAGGAUGCCAAAAGCCCUGGCAGUUUUCAGGAUGGUGGCCAUGGGGGCAAUCACAACGUAGGUCGCAGAGGUGAGGAUAUUUCUGGCAGGCACUUGCAGAAGAGUGAGGGAGAGCGAGCGAAUGAUGAACUGACACAUUCCAGUGCAGAAGGCCUUGUCCCCAGGAAGAGGCGAAGACUUCCUUCGCAGGGGGAUGCCACUCUCGAUACAGAUUGCCACAGGAGUAGAACGCUUGCAGCUGGCAGAGAAGACCUGCCAAGUCUGGGUUCUCAGUUGCGGACAAAAUUUGAUCGUCGAGCCAGAGAGCAUCUUGAUGAUGGCUUCCCCUCGAUUCCUAGGCGACUGUCAAUGGGGGGCUGCAGUCCUGAGGUGAGGAGAGGCUGCGCUUCGCCACAGCCAGAGAGAACAGCCUGCAAUGCAGCGGAGAGAGAACACACGGCAGCCAUGGAGGGAGUGAAGGGGAGGCCUGGAUGUCAUCAAGCAUGGGGGAAAGGGCUCGUAGCAGGUGAACGACAAGCUGAUGAGGAGGGUAAUUGUGUCAUUGCCCGUCACGCAUGUGAGAAGUCUCCCUGCACAGAGGAGGGUCAUUGUGCAAUUGCCUGUCAACCAUGUGGGAAAUCUGCCUGCGUAGAUCAUUUGUGCGCUGCCAGGGCUGACGGCUUGUGCGGAGGCUCAGAGUAUGUGGCAAAUGAGCAGUUCGUCCGUGCUGAGACUGCACCUGCCACAGUUGACAGACCACAUUCUUCUCGGGUGCCAGUGUCUGAUGCAUCUGCAAAGGUUCAAUAUGCUAAUGCUGCCAUCCAUAAAGCAGGUUCUAUGGGGGCGAGAGAGGAGGGACAAGCGGAUGGGGCUGGUGGAGAGGGAAAGAGUGAUGGCAGUGGAGAUGACGGUUUUGGGUUCUGCAACCGGCAGUUUUCGAAUGCGAGGCAAUUCAUCAAUCCAGACCUUCAGGAGGACCUCGCGAGUUUUUCUUGGCACGAUACGUUCCGAUGGGACAUUGCAGCACCUGCUGUAGGGCGAGGGGCCCUCCCGGAUUACGGACGAGGCCAUCACACAGCUGCACGAACAGGAAACGCGUAUGCAAAUAAUGCGCCAAUGUGGGGGUGGGAUAAUGGCAUGGCCAGGCGUUCUGCUUACGACAUGCGGUUCAGCAGGCCACAUGGCAUGUGGUACCCGAUGCCGAGAAGAACAGGAGCCCAUGCAGGGGACAAUCAAGGAGAGGGUGAGGACAUGGGUAGUAGUGUUGAUGGGAGACAUGCUCUUGGUGUGGAUGCCCAUAUCCCACCUGAGAGGAAUCAGCCAGGUCGUUUAUACUUCGAUCGUGAUCGAGUUCCGAAUAAUGGUCGGGCGAUUGCUGACGAUCGACCUCGGGCCGGUGCUGACCAUGGAGGCUGGUAUAUGAAUCACUGGAGGACAGCGCAAAUGUCCCCCGGACUGAGCGACACUCCAACUGGGUUUACUGAGGUAGGGUCUGUCGAUCCAAAGAUGGAAGCCUUGGAGAGAAGAUUCCGGCGUAGGAUCUUUGUCACGUUGUCUGGCGGAGGAGGAGCGGGAGCAGCAGGAGGAGCAGUAGGAGGUGCGGGAGGAGGAGCGGGAGGAGGGGCUGGAGGAGGAGCUGGAGGAGGAGCAGGAGGAGGAGCGGGAGGAGGAGCGGGAGGAGGAGCGGGAGGAGGAGGAGGAGGGGGGGGCUCGUCCGGCAGAGCGGAAGGAGCGGGAGAAGGAGCGGGAGGGGAAACAGGAAGGGGCGGAGGAGGUGAGGGGGGAGAAGCGGGAGAAGGAGCGGCAGCAGGGGUGGGAGAAGGAGCGCGAGGACCCGCAUACGUGAAGAGGCGGAUUGACGCGUGGCACGUAGGAGGGGCGGGAGGAGGUACAGGAGGAGGAGGAGAAGCGGGAGAAGGAGGGGGGAAAGGAGCGGGAGGAGGGACGGGGAUGGCUAUGGCGACAUCUUUGUCACGUUGUUUGGCGGAGGAGCGGGAGGAGGAGCGGGAGCAGUGGGAGGAGGAGCUGGAGGAGUGGGAGGAGGAGGAGGAGUGGGAGGAGGAGGAGUGGGAGGAGGAGGAGUGGGAGGAGGAGGAGUGGGAGGAGGAGCGGGAGAAGGAGCGGGAGGGGAAACGGAAAGGGCCAGAGGAUGCGUGGAAGAAGGAGCGGGAGCCUUUUUUUUUCGUAGGAGAUGGAUAUGGCGGGAUCUUUGUCACGUUGUUUGGCAGAGGAGCGGGAAAAGGAGCGGGAGCAGCGGGGGAAGGAGUGGGAGGAGGCGUGGGAGGAGGAGCGGGAGGAGGAGCAGGAGGAGGAAGACUGGCAGGAGGAGCGUGAGGAGCAGCAGGAGGAGGAAGAGUGGCAGGAGGAGCGGGAGGAGGAGCGGGUGAAGGGGCAGCAGGUGAAGGAGUGUGAGGAGAAAUGGGAAGGGGCGGGGG